UCCUCCCCGAAUCGAAGUUUCACCAUGCAGAAUUAAAUCGAACCCUACAAUUUAGUAAGUGUAAUGAAAAUAUCAAUACAUACGACCGUCAUUAGUCUCUACCGGCGCGAGUUUACCCAAAGAUCUUUUGGGUGAUGUAUCCCCGUGAUUAAAAAAACCGUGUGAAACAAGAGACCUCAAUUGAAUAAGUACAAAGAUGACCUUUACAGCCUUUAAAGGAUUCGCCUCUUCCUGAAACAAUAUCUAUCUUGCCCACUUCGACAAGUAUUGAUCGAAGUUAGAAUAAUGAGAGCUUAUUGAUCGUUUUUCUACCUGGUGGUGUUUGUGUAACGUGUCUCACAGAUCUUCUCCCAGAAUGAUGCUGGCCCUGAUACUUCUACAAUUUGUCUCUGUUACAGGAAACACAGUUAUCCAACACAUAUUUGACAGACAAUCUACACUAAACAACCUUGAAGCUCAAGAGACUCCAGCCAGUAUCAACCAAGUUCGCUCCAAACUGAUCUGUGCAAGCCUCUGUUCCAGGGAUGACAUCUGUGCUGCUGUGACUUUUCAAGAUGGUCAGUGCUCCAUCUACCGCUCAUCCUUACUGACAUCUGGAAAGGCAAGACCAGGCGCCAGGACGUUGAUCAAGAAACAAGGAAAGCCAGUCCAUGCCUGCUCUGAUGUGAAGAAGGUUGACCCCAACGCAGGAGAUGGGGAAUACUGGAUCCACACUGAUGCCCCAUCUUUUAUCGGAUAUCCAUCAAAGAUAUUCUGCCACAACAUGAACUCUGGAUCUCCCCAAGAGUUCGUGACUCUACCAUUCACAAAAACAGCAGUGUUUCCUCAAUUAACGAACCAAUACUGCAUGCAAGAAACGACUGUCAUGUCUGGUAACGGGAUACAAAACGUUGGUACAACACAUUUCUCUAAAAUCCGAGUCAAUAUUACGACAAUGGCUAUUGUUCGGGAUGAUUUCACCUUCACAUCUGGAACUGGAACAAAACGCAGGUAUGGGGAGGCCAAGGACUGUUACACCGAAUAUAGUGAGUCCAGAAGUUGUACUCCCAAAGGCACAUUCAACAUCAACACUGCAGGAACUGGCAUGAUCAUUGAUAAAAAGCAUGAAUGGGAGAUCACGAAUUGGAAGCCAUUCCCUCCGUCAGUGAGCAGGUCAGCAGAUGGUACACAGAUAGACUUGCUAUGUGGUGGUUACUGCGGUGGAUGUGGACCAGUUGGAGGAAUCUUGCUGUUGCAGCCUAACCCGAAUGAGAGUAAGUAA